AUGUUUGCACCAACACGACGUUUAUUUCAAAAGGUCCAACCAUGUCGGAUCACCCUCUUCUCCCGCGAUGAGUGCGGCUUAUGCGUGCGGGCCAAAUCGGCACUCUCCAACGUUUGGGAUCGCCGGCCUUUUGCUUACACGGAGGUCGUCAUCACGAAGCCAGAGAACAAGAAGUGGAGGGACCUUUACGAUUUCGACGUGCCCGUGAUCCACAUUAGCAAAGCCGAGGCCCCUGAGGAGGAUGUCAAACUCGUGGGCAAAGCUGUCAAGCUCAUGCAUCGAUUCGACCCAGAUCAGAUCGAAGCCAAGAUGGAUCAAGUAGAGGGAGAAAAGUAA